AUAGCCGUCACACGAUUUUAUAGUAUACGAUAUACAUACACAUUUUUUACCAAAUAUAUUAUAAUGAAUAAAUCGUCCAAAAAGAGUAAAUCAUGUUGCGUAUUCUGGUAAACCGAUUGUACAAAUAGUUGUUCAAGUGCACACGUAUACGGAACCGCCUAUGAAUAAGUGUGCGGUGAUUUUUUACAUAUCAUUGCACGCUGCAGUUUAUAUUUCACCCCGUACCGGUCGAUACCCUAAUCAUAAAUCGCUGCUUACAUCUCGACAGACGGAUAUGUUUGAUUGUGAUCUACUUCAAUGAGCAUAAAUUAUGUUUGGCAUAGGGGUCCCAGGCCAGCCAAAGGUCGGAGCAAUCGGAUGAGACGGGCAUCGAGUCCGGCUUCCGGAUCCGCUACUGCGGCGGCGGCACUGAUGUUGCAAACUACUACUACCUCCACGACCACUAUGAUCACUUACAGCACCGUUGGUACGGCUGGCUCGACAUCAGCGGCGCCCGGAUACGAACAGUACCAGAAGUCUUUAUUGGAGGUGCCGUGGCCACACGCCGAGUACGGAGAGGCGUCCAGCGAUGACUUGAGCUCCGAGUGGGACUCGGACGUUCCCGAACCACCUCCCAACUCAAAGUUUCAUGACCGAAUCUUGUCGGUUUCUUUUCAAAUCUGCUACCCGACGACGACUAGACAAAAUUACAUAGGUUAUUGUAUGCAGUAAUAAACAAUUAUGUAUUUGUGUUACUGAAUUAAAGUGGCCUCUAUAAAUUA